CUUAUUUAAUAAGACGAUUGGUUACAUCUACACAGUGAUAUAUGUCACAUCAUUUCUAUGGCAGGUAUUGUCUGAGUGUGCAUGCAGGGUCAGUGAACCCAUCUGUUAUGUCAUCCACAUAGAGCAUAACCUUUAUUGGACCAUUAGAAAGUUAAUUGUGAACUAAACGGUCUUUUCAACUCAUCUUAACCAACCAAUUGGGAUGUCCAAACUGAUAUGGUCUAUGUAUUUAUACAAUAUUAUAUAAUUUAUAUUCUUAUUGUCUCUUGCCUUCAGAGAGAUUGAACUUUUUCUGGACCUGACAGCUAAUUUAAUAAUGUACCUUGACAUCACUUAAGAUUUAUGCUGAUACUCUACUAUAUAUUCACUAAUUGUUUAACCUGCUUUUAAUACAACAAUGGCACAACCAACUUCAUUUACCUUUGAUUUCCCAUGUAAUGAGCCUUUACAAACUAAUGCACAAUUUUACCCUUAAAUUAUAUAUCCUUCCAUGCCCCCAACUCAGAGUAAAUGCAUGGGUGUGUUGUGGUAAUCAUUUGCUGAAAGCAGCCCACAGGUUAGAAAAAACUCUAUAAAUAAAUAUCGACCAUUAAUGUUGCAAGUAACACACAGAUGUAAUUUGGUAUUCUUGCAGUAUUUUUUGAGUAUUCUCAGUGUUUCAGUGUUUGUUGAGGUCAGUAAUUAUUUCCCCCGCUCUAUAAAACUAUGCUAAAGAUUUCUGUAAAGAAACCCCCAUCCAUCACCCAUGCUAUUCUUUAUGUGCUUACCAAUAAAUACAGAGCUAAGUCCUUUGUUAGGGACACAUACAUAAGCAAUAGGUACACACAGAUUCACAGGUACAGACGACCAACAUACCAUCACAUACCACAGAGAGAAGGAAGGCACAGGGUAAGAUUUCAAGCUUGGCCUUAUGACACUAACACACUUUGGUGUCUAUGGGUGUAUAUUUAAUGCAUUUAACUGACAUUAGGAGUAGGAAAAUAAUAGUGAGCAAUGCCCAUUAAUAAUAACAGUGUAUAAGGGGAAUAUAUUCAGAAACCAUGAAUGCUGCAAAAAUGACACUGAAAGAAAUGCAUGGGAAACUUCAGUUUAUUUGGGGAUGACAUGAUUUACUUAUUUUUUGCCAAUUUUGUUAUUAAAUGUAAUGUUUCAUCUUCUAGGGUAUAGACAGGGUUCCACAGAGACAAGUAUGCAUGUGUAAAUAUUUAUAAAUGAAUUAUGUGCAAAUAUUUAAUGUGUUUUGUAAUAGAGAUAGCCACAUAAACAUAAAGGAAAUUUAAUGUUAAUCACUCUAUUGCAUUUCUGACAAAUAUCUAUGACCUCUGGUCCUACCAAGAACGUUGGAUUGGUUAUUUAUCAAUUUCCUAGAACUAGUAAGAAGUCCAAAUGUAGCUUAACAUGAACUAUUAUGAACCAUCAACUGAAGAAGUCACUCCUAUUCUCUGUAUCCAUGGAAGAUACACAGGUGACCUUUCUACUGGUGGUAGUGACUGCUCCACCCCCUUUCCCAGCACAUAAAUACUGAAGAUUGGCUUCAUGAAUUCACACCUGGACUCAUAAGGUGAACUCAUAUCCUCACCUACUGGGAAAAGUCAGAGAGAGAUUUCUUGAAGGAAAAGAGCAAUGGACCUGAUUCCAAACUUUUCCAUGGAAGCAUGGACACUUCUGGCUGCCUUCCUGAUGCUCCUCUACCUGUAUGGAACCUCUUCUCAUGGACUUUUUAAGAAGCUAGGGAUUCCUGGUCCCAAACCUCUGCCUUUUGUUGGGACGAUGCUUAACUAUAGGAGGGGCAUAUGGAAAUACGAUAUAGAAUGCCAUAAAAAGUAUGGAAAUAUGUGGGGGCUAUAUGAUGGAACCCUCCCUGUGCUAGUCAUCACAGAACCAGAUAUGAUCAAGAAUGUGCUAGUGAAAGCAUUUUAUUCUGUCUUCACAAAUCGACAUCCUUUUGGUCCACCUGGAAUAAUGAAAAAAGGUAUAACAAGAUCUGAGAAUGAAGAAUGGAAAAGAAUCCGAUCAUUGCUGACACCAACCUUUAGUAGUGGAAAACUGAAGGAGAUGUUCCACAUCAUCCAAGAAUAUGGAGACUUGCUGGUGAAAAACAUGAGUCAGGAAUUAGAGAAGGGCAAGAAUGUUACAACAAAAGACAUCUUUGGGGCCUACAGCAUGGACGUGACCACUAGUACCUUAUUUGGAGUGAAAGUGGAUUCCCUCAACAACCCCCAGGAUCCCUUUGUGAAAAACACCAGAAAGCUUUUUAUAUUUGACUUUUUCAAUCCAUUGGCUUUUUCUACAGCACUCUUUCCAUUCCUUUCCAGAGUGUAUGACAAACUAAACAUUUGUGUGUUUCCAAGUGAUGCUACAUCAUUUUUUAAGAAUUUUAUGGAAAAGACCAAAAAAGAUAGACUUGAAGAUACCCAAGAGCACCGAGUGGAUUUUCUUCAGCUGAUGAUGAACUCCCAGAAUUCCAAAGACACGGAGUCCUAUAAACCUCUUUCUGAUCUGGAGAUCCUGGCCCAAACAAUCACAUUUAUUUUUGCUGGCUAUGAGCCAACAAGCACUGCUCUUUCCUUUAUUGCAUAUUUACUGGCAAUUCACCCCAGUGUUCAGAAGAAACUCCAGCAAGAGAUUGAUGCAGUUCUGCCCAAUAAGGCACCUGCCACUUAUGAAGCUCUGGUAGAGAUGGAAUAUCUAGACAUGGUGGUGAAUGAAACUAUGAGAUUAUAUCCAGUUAUUGCCAGGAUUAACAGACUCAGUAAGGAAGAUGCUGAAAUAAAUGGUGUGUUCAUUCCCAAAGGAACAUUGGUGGUCAUACCUACAUUUGUUCUUCACCAAAAUCCAAAAUACUGGCCAGAGCCUGAGGAGUUCCAUCCUGAAAGGUUCAGCAAGGAGAAUAAAGAUAGAAUCAAUCCUUAUACAUACCUGCCUUUUGGACAUGGUCCUAGACACUGCAUUGGCAUGAGGUUUGCUCUCAUUAACAUGAAGCUUGCAAUUGUCAAAAUCCUGCAGAACUUUUCCCUGAGUCCUUGUGAAGAAACAGAGGUUCCCUUGAAAUUAAGUAAGAAAAUGAUUCAUGCUCCAGAAAAUCCUAUUGUUCUGAAGAUUAUAUCAAGAAAUGGGGCCAUAAAUGAAGGUUGAUUUUACCUCAAGUUCUGAUGUGUUCUUCAAAAAGUGCAUUCUAAAUACCUGGAUUUUAAUUUAUUCCUGAAGAAAACCUAGAUGAAUAUGACUUUAAUCUAUCACACUUCAUGUCAGAAUCUUCAAUAAUUUUUCAUUGUCUUGAUAAAUUCUCAAUUAUUGUGAAUGGAAUGAAAAUUAUUAGCAAUCUUUAUGUUCUCUAAUAUCAAAAUUUGCCCAUAUUUCCAGAGAUAGAACAGUAUGUUUCAUUUCAAUGCUGAUAAAAGAUUUUUCACUGAUUUUGUCAAUGUUGUUUCCAUUAUUGAAUCUUUAAUUUGGCAUUUGUGGCUGAUCAUUCCACUGACAAUUAUUCUUUGCAUUUUGAUGGGUUGUAAGUUUCUGUGUUAACCACUAUCCACUUCACAGAGAAAUUUCUGUGAUUAGAUCUGAGGGCUACAUUAAUCUAUUGAUAAAAGAUGCAAAUUAAAAGGCAGCUGGAUAUUAAGACCUUUAUCAGAAUAACAGAUUCAUUCUUGGGUUGUAUUCA